AUGCGAACCAACAAUCGGCUCGAAUAUUUUAAUUCGGCCAAAGAUCUGCUUGCCGUGAAACCCAACGUAGCUGACCGGAUUGUCGCCGAAUUUGAGGCCGCCUCCAAGGAUAAGGUUGACCCUGCGACCAAUGUGCGGCAACUAGCCAAAAAAUACAAGCUGCAACUAGGAGACCUCACAUACAUUGCCAUUCCAAUCCUUCGAAUACCCGACGUAAAAGAUCCGAACGCACGCCUUCCGCCCAGCCAGCACCCAAAUAUAGCCGCCCGUCUCCUUCUCGCAUGCAGUGCCGCUAAAGAGUACUUAGCGACUCUGCAGAUACUCAGCGCCGUAUAUCUCAGCACCAUGGACGGCUUCCCAACAGCUAAAGACAUUGUCCGUCUUUUCUCGACGGCCGAGAUCGACGAGUGCAAGAGAAUGCUGGAGACAUUAGCAGAGGAAGGAAACACGGAUGCUAUGACAUUGCAAGGGCAGUUCUUGGAAAGAGCUGGUCAACAGCAGCAAGCACAAGCUUUGUACGAAAAGGCCUUGGAGAAGUGCGACACGAAGUUCAAUCCGAUGAUUCCGCAUCCGAUGGCGGAACCUAGAAUGCCUCCAUGGACCGCUCUAGGGCUGAUGAUGCAGUCUAAAAAUACUCCUCAGGCGCGAGCUAAAGCCAAGGCGGCUUUUGAGAAAGGGGCCGUCAAAGCCGAUGAUCCGCUUGCCUACUACCAUCUCGCCUCUUUUGAAAAUGGUAGGAACACAAACUGGCUGAAAUACAUGAACAAGGCCGCCGCCUCGGGUCAUUUAGAAGCCCAGUACAACCUCGCAAACUUCUACAUGGACGUUGGAAUGGAUAAGACUGCUCUUUCAAAGGAUCGCAAGAUUACCCGGGCUAUUACAUGGAUGACACAGUGGAGACAAGGCAGUGCUGACAAUCUCGCACGUGAGUGGUUCAAGGUCGCUGCUGACAGCGGUCAUAAGCCUUCGAUGCUGGAGCUAGCCGAGCUCUAUGGCAUCGAAGGUGAUGAGGAGAAGUCCAAAGAUUAUUUGCGACGCAUGGCAGAAUCUCCUCCAGCUAAGAAGACGGAGAAGUGGCCGCAGCUGGCCGAACUGGCAAGAAAACGGCUUGCUGGGGUGAAGAUUGCUUUUCCCAGGCCUGUGUAA